UUUUUAAAUGUCUGGGAGAAAGGAAAUAAAGCACUGGAGUGAUAGGACUUUGAUGUGUAAAGAAGUUAAUGUCGAAAGAAGUUAAUUAUCUAAAUCAUCAAACAAAAUGGAUGAAUAAUACUGCAGCCAGCCCAAUGUCUACUGCCACUUCAAGUAGUGGAAGAAGUACAGGAAAGUCUGCAAGCUUUGCCUCAGAAUUGCAGAGUAUGAUGUUUUCUUUAGGUGAUUCUAGGAAGCCUCUUUAUGAAACAGCAGUUUUGGUAGAAGAUGUGGUACACACUCAGUUAAUUAAUCUGUUACACCAAGCUGCUGAAGUUUCUCAGCUCCGGGGAGCAAGGGUAAUAUCUCCUGAAGAUCUUCUGUUUUUGAUGCGCAAAGAUAAGAAAAAACUUAGAAGACUGUUAAAAUACAUGUUUUUCCGAGACUACAAAUCAAAGAUUGUCAAAGGCAUAGACGAGGAUGAUCUUCUUGAAGACAAAUUGAGUGGCAGUAAUAAUGCAAACAAAAGACAGAAAACCGCACAGGACUUUCUCAACUCUAUUGACCAAACGGGAGAACUCUUGGCGAUGCUUGAAGAUGAUGAAAUUGAUGAAGUUAAACAAGAAAGAAUGGAGAGAGCAGAAAGACAAACUCGAAUUAUGGAUUCAGCCCAAUAUGCAGAAUUCUGUGAAAGUCGACAAUUGAGUUUCUCUAAAAAAGCCUCCAAAUUUCGAGACUGGUUGGACUGUAGCAGUAUGGAGAUAAAACCCAAUGUUAUCGCUAUGGAAAUUUUGGCAUAUUUAGCGUAUGAAACUGUGGCACAGUUGGUGGAUCUGGCUCUACUUGUGAGGCAGGACAUGGGAACCAAGGCAGGAGACCCGUUCGGCCACGCCAUUUCGGCCGCCUUCAUUCAGUAUCACAGCUCUGCUGAGCUCCAUCCUCUGGACCACAGCAUGCAGGGAAAGCCACAGCAGGAUCCCUCGGGAAUGGGAAUGUUGGACAAGACUCAGCAAAAACCAGGCAAAGGAAAAGAAAAAAGAGCACUGCGGCCUGUGGUGUUGAGGCUCACAGCGAUGCCAUCCAGCCCUGCCACAUCAGAGAGGCCAUUCGGCGCUACGGCCACAAGAUUGGCCCCCUUUCCCCAUUCACAAGUGCCUACCGCAGGAACGGGAUGGCUUUUCUGGCCUGCUGACGUGGCUGGGGCUGGACCGCGGGAAAGGCAAUGCUCCGGGAAGGUGAUGUCUGUUCCCCCGUGUGGACAAAGUAAAGACACGCUGACCUUCUCUGCACCCUCAGGAGUGGGCCGGUUUGUUGUGACUGUUGAGGGGCUGACUCCAGCCCUUCCCCAGCCCCCUCAGCGCCUAGUCUUGUUUACUGGAUGGGCCGUUGGCUAAUUAAUGGCAGGAUGUUUGGGAGAGUGUGUAGGUGGACAAGAAUGCGGAUCACACAAUUUUGAAAUUUUAAUUUGGAAUGGAUUUACUGCCCUCAGCUCACAUAUCUUAAAAGCAGUGUCUUUUUUUUUUUCAGUGUUUAGUCUAUGUUUUACUUGAUGCAUUUAGUAAUCCAAGUUUGGGACAAAGGAAACAAAAUUAAAAGGACAGUCAGCUUUCCCCUUGCACUUUACUUUCCAACUUUGUUGACUACAUCCACGGGGACUUGAGAGACAAAUGUCUAUUUUAUAAACUCACAGGAAUCGAAGAUCGAGGGGACCUGAUGAACUCUGUUCCCGUCCUCGCCUCCCUGCUCCCACUUACAGUGUAUGUCAUGUUCGUGCCUUCCUCCCAGCUCUCUGCAUGUCUGCCUGGUGUGUGUUUUUCCGCAUCCAGACCCUCUCCCCAUCGUCAGCUCUCUGCUUCCCUGUCCCCGUCGUCCCAGGCCGCCGCUCUCACACACACCCUCCCCUUCAGUAGCAGGGUGGUCAGAGUCUUAGCAGGGGAGCGAGGAGGUGCUCUCCCAGCACCGCCACCCUGAGGCUGCGCAUGUGGACAGGAACUGCCGGUAGCAGCUGAGCUACCCUCUGGCAUCUAUACUUUCUCCAGUAAGCGAGGAACUGGCACCCUCGGGAACAAAUCAAAAUAGAGCAGACGUAAUUGUCCGGUUCCUGAUUAGACUUGAAUUGCAAAAGAACACAGGAAGUUAUUCCUUUAAAUUCGUAGGAGUUUGUGUAAUUUUACUUUUAUCAUGGCUUUUACUCACACUGAGACAGCCUUUGUAAAGAAUUAAUAGGAACAGAAAUGGGAAACAUGGAAAGUUUUGUCUGGUGACCAAAAUCAUUGUGCAGCCCAGUGAACAUGAUGGGGCCACGUUGUUCCCGUGUGUUAACUAUCACUUACCUGCUCUGUGUUAGUCCUUCUGGAAAAAAUCUUUAUGUCAAGGACAGAAAGUGCAGAUAUAUAAUAUCAGACAUUUCCAAAGGGUUUUGAUGUUCCAUCUGUGUUGUUAAAAUGUAUGAUUAAACUUUUCUUUUUAUCAUCA